AUGAGUGAGAAAGCUUCUAAAAGACCCCAAGAAUCCGUAAUAAAUGAUGGCUUGAAGAAAAAACACAAGAAAACAAGACCGAUCAACUACACCAUUUGUAUCCCUAGCACCAUCAUCGCCAAUGCCAAAUCGCUUAAUCAAGUAACACAGAUAGCCUAUGAAGUGGCCAAGAGCUUGACAAUCUAUAAUGUUUCGGAAGUAGUGAUUUUGGAUAUUCCGGAAGAGUCUCAUAAACCUCAAUCAUCGACAACGGCGGGGGUGAAGGAAGGGAAUAAGAUCAAGUUCAAUUUCGACGAUAAUAAACCUAAAGAUGCCACUGCAAAAAAUAAUCAGAAAAAAGAUAAUAAGGAUAAUAAUAAUGAUAAUGAUAACGAACCAUCAAUGAUUUUGGCUACGUUAUUGCAAUAUUUCAUCACCCCACCAUACCUUGUCAAGUCGGUAUUCCAAGAAAAGAAUAGAAAGUUCCUCAAACAUGCUGGGAAUUUCCCAACCUUGACCACUUUACCAUUCAUGGCCACUAAUUAUCUCGACGAAAACGAAACCCUGGGAACUUUCAGAGAAGGGAUCUCCGUGGCGGAACAAACCAGUAAACCAAAACACGUCCCAGGCACCAAAGUGAAGAAAUCAAAAAAGAAAGAAAGAUUGUCGAUGACCAAGUACGUCAACGUGGGGCUCGAUAAACCUAUUGCCUUGGCCAAGGAUAAAAUCCCCGUCAACGUUAGAGUCACCGUCAAUGUGAAAGAAGGUAAAGUGGUGAGUCCAUACGAGGCGUAUUAUUCUGAUAAGAUCGGGGCCAAAGUGGCCGUGGGGUACCAUGUGAGAAUCGCCAAGCUGUUCAGUUCGGUGUUCACCGAAUCAGCGUUUCCUGAUGGUUAUACCAGUGCAAUCUAUGUAGAAAGCAAUAGUUUUUUCAAUAAUAAGAAUUCCAAAGAUCCUUUCGGCACCACUUUGCCAGAAUUGACCAGUUUGGAUAAAACCGUCAAGGACAAUAAUGUGAUCAUUUUCCUCGGGAAAAAGAAGGAUUUUCAACUAUCUUUCAAACAAGAUGAAACUUUGAAAGAGGUGGAACAUCUAGGAGAAUUCUUCAAUCAUGAACUCAAGAUCCCAAUCCUCACCAGAAUCGAGGACGCCAUCUUGAUCAGUCUUACAAAGAUAGAACUGUUAUAA